AUGUCCCAGAUUCCGGCCACUCAACGCGCAGUCAGUGUCCAUGCCUUUGGUGAACCCACCAAGCUCAGCAACGACCACCCCGUCCCCGAUCCAUCCAGCCUCGGCCCUAACGAGUGUCUCGUCAAGCUAGAGACGGCAGGCGUGUGCCAGAGCGACCUCCAUGCACGCAACGGUGACUGGCUUUUAAAGCCACCCAGACUCCCUUUCAUCGGUGGGCACGAGGGCGUUGGAAAGGUGGUCGCGAUCGGAAAGGGAGCGCUCGUCGAGGAGGGCGGGGUGAAGGUGGGAGAUCGGGUGGGGCUCAAGUGGAUCGCGACAGUGUGCAACAAGUGCGAGUUCUGUAGGAAGGGCAAUGAAUCUUCAUGUCCGAAGCGUCUGACAAACGGGUUCUCCACCGACGGGACGUUCUGCGAGUAUAUUCGUACAUGGACGGACUACGUCACUCCAAUCCCAGAUGUUCUCUCGAGCGCAGCUGCUACGCCUCUGCUCUGCGCUGGGUUGACGGUAUACAAAGGCCUCAAACACGCGAACUCUCUACCCGGAGAGUGGAUUGCCAUCCCUGGAGCGGGUGGAGGGCUCGGUCAUCUUGCAAUCCAGCUGGCGCGGAACAUGGGUCUCCGAGUCUUAGCCAUCGACUCGGGCGAGGAUAAACGCAAGCUUUGCAUGUCCCUCGGUGCUGAACAGUGGCUCGACUUUGCCGAGACAUCCAAUAUCGUCGCCGACGUACAGCGCUUGACGAACGGUGGACCGCGCACGGCGCUCGUUGCUGCCGGUGGAGCGAAGCCAUAUGAACAAGCACUCAUAUACCUCAAGCCGACGGGCACGUUGAUUGCAGCUGGGCUGGGCUCAGACGCGGUUAUGCAAGCCCCGUUCAUGGUGUGGGUCGGAAAGGAAUUGAAACUCGUCGGAUCCGCGCUAGGUUCGAGGCAAGAUGCAAUCGAGGUGCUGGACCUGGCUGCGCAGGGCAAGGUCGUCGCUCACUACACGACGAGGAAGCUCGAGGACGUCGAGAGUAUUUUCACUGAGCUUGCGCAGGGCAAGGUCACCGGAAGAGUUGUACUUGAGAUCUGA